UUUCCCGGUGCGACUCAGUUCUCUGCUUUGAUAUUUUCACUUGCCUUUGAUAUCAGACCGAAUGUGUUGUAGCAAUUUUAUUCGACGGACAGACGUCGAGCAACUCGUGUGUGUUUGGUCUAGCACGCGUUAUCGUUACUCCAGUGAAAUUUAUCAUUAGCAAUAAAUCGUCCAUAGUUCGUGCAGUGUUUGCUGAAUUCUAGUUGCAGUUGGGCUUAGCAUCGUUGUACGACCUUCAACUUCCGGUGAAAAUUCAGAUUCAGCGGUUGUGUGGGAAAUUCGCAUUUGAUUCGGGUUAGAGAGUGAUUUUCACGGAGUUCAGGGAAAUUCUUAGAUCUCAACUGUUCACUAUCUCAGAUUGUUGUUAAUUGAAGUUCCCGUUCAAGUGUUGAGAAAAGUGAGAAGUGAGAAUUGUAGUUUGUGAGUUUCGUGAAUUGAAAUUUGUGUGGGUCCAUUGAGAGUCGUCCGGGACCGCCUUCCCAACGAUUCAGCAGAAGUUAAUUGUUGCAAGCAGUUGCAUUUAGCUGAAAGUAAAACCGUCACGAUAGUUGUGGACACCGGUAAUUAUAUGAUGACGAUGGACGUCACCAAAACGGAGCCCACUUCGGGUCCAAAUAACUCGACAAAUCAGUCGCACCAGCUUUGCGCCGGAUGUGGCAAACAUAUCCAGGACAGAUAUUUGCUGAGAGCACUCGACCUGCUAUGGCACGAGGAUUGCCUCAAGUGCGGAUGCUGCGAUUGCCGGCUGGGCGAGGUGGGCUCAACGCUCUACACCAAAGGCAAUUUAAUGCUCUGCAAAAGGGAUUACUUGAGGUUAUUCGGAAGUACCGGCUAUUGCGCUGCUUGUACUAAGGUCAUUCCAGCUUUCGAGAUGGUCAUGAGGGCGAGAAACAACGUAUACCACUUGGAAUGCUUCGCGUGUCAUCAGUGUAACCAUAGAUUUUGCGUUGGCGAUCGUUUUUACUUAUGUGAUAAUAAAAUUCUUUGCGAAUACGACUAUGAGGAACGUCUUGUUUUUGCAUCAAUGGCCAAUCAUCCGAUGAUGAAGCGUCAAGCGAAUUCGUUAGCCCAGAAUUCUCCCCCAAUCGGUUUGUUGGGCGGUGGUGCAGGUGGUGGUGGUGGACCACAAUCUGGUGGCGGAGGCGCUGGUGGUCAGGGUGGACAACGGACCCCUGGUGAUCACAAUAACAAUGGGCCACAGACCGCUGGUACUGGUGGACCUUUUGGAACCCCAACCCACAUGAAAAGUUCCUUAGGAGCUUCGAGUUAAAAUAGACAAUGGGGGCGCGUGAAACAAAGCAGUAACACGCGCAAAAGGAUGAGGAGAAACGAUUUAGCCAACAUGACGACGGUUAAUAACUGCGAAUGGGAGACGGAACUUACUGCAACAAUGAUGGAAAGGAAAAAUGCUCAAUUUUAUUUAUUUUAGUUAUUUUUUUGCGAUGGUAUUUGUCCUUGGAUGUAUCCUGAAACAUGCUGAACCGAUAUCUAACCCAUUCCGUGAAAAGCAACGAAUUAUUCGUGUACAACCAUCUAAGUAUCUUUCAUUGUAUCUAAAUCAAGUUUCAAGUUUCUGAAAAUUCUUGCUAAGUAAACCAAAAAAAACUAAUUUUCUUAAUUAAAAACAACGAAAUAAAUUAGCCAUCAGUUGAUUUCGUCCCUCCGUUGAAUAACCAUUGGUUUCGUCAGAUUUUCUCAUCUUUUGCUUGCAAGCAUCUAGUUUUUUUCUUUAGUGCAAUUUUAAGGAGGCUUUAAGGUAAUGAUUGGCCACAAAAAUGAAUGCCAGUGAUUAUUUUUCACAGUGGAAAUUGACUUUCAGAAGUUACUAUCUUUCCUUCAACAUUAUUACAUUUUUAAGCGUUAAAGAUUGUUUUAUCUUUCACCGAAACUAUCAUUCUUUCAGUUGAGAUUACUUAGAAGAGCCUUAAAUUUGCUUUUAGUUCUCAGUUCAACCCCUACAAAUGAAAAUUGUGCCAAAAGAUUUGUACGUUUAGUAAGGUCCUUGACAGUAACAAAAUAGUUUCCAAAAUGUAAAUUAUCGAAAUGUAUUUUAGUCGCCCACCGAAUAAUGUGUGAAUACUUUGUAGUCCUAUUUGUAUAUUGAAUUCUGUAAAAUAUAUUGUUUCCAUGUUGAACAAUAAUUUAAUUUUAUUUAAUUCCGAUUGAGAGAGGAAUUAUGCAAUUUAUUUUAAUUGCUUUCUUUCAAUAAUAGUUAUUAUUGAGAAAUGGAACAAAGACCAGAUAUGGAUGAUUUGUAAAUAGUCGUUAAUUAUUUUUUAAGUAAAUUAAGGCAAAAAGUGGACAUUUUGAUAAUUGUACAAUAAAUGUUUGUUCAGUCAG